GUAAAAUUUGCAGAAAGGGGUAUUUUCCACACUACAAUGGACAAUGUAAAACCUGCAAUUCUCAAUGCGUCGACAGUGAAUGCGAUCCGUCUUCGGGAAGAUGUCUUCAUGGAUGCACCCAAGGGUACUGGAAUCAAACCUGUGACGAUGAGUGUGAUCCAGAAUGUUUAUCUUGCGAUCACGCAGAUGGAUUGUGUUCACAAUGCAAAAAUAACACAAAAUACGGACCGUUCUGUACAAUGGAAUGUAACAAUACCUGUGAAAACUCCAUGUGUGACAUUAAUGGAAAUUGUACAAAUGGAUGCAUUACGAAUACGUUUGGAAAGCAUUGUGAAAACACCUGUGAUGAGCAUUGUACACCAAAUGAAAACAAAACGAUUUGUUCCGAAAAGACGGGAAUGUGUUUUUACGGCUGCCAAACCGAAUACAAGGGGAGAUUUUGUCCUCAAAUUAUUGAAACAGAAGCGGGAAAACAAAACUGGCCAAUAGCAGCACUUGGUGUUGGUAUUGCCGGAGGAGUGGUAGUUCUUGCUGCCAUUGUGGUUGUUGAACUGUUUUUUCUUCGACGAAGAAGAGUCAAUUUGAAAAUUAAAAGCAAAGCAAAUGAAAAAGAACCUGAGAACUUGUUGGAGAUGUACCCCAAUAUGAACAAUGGAAGAACCACCCGAGCAAAGAACCCUAAGGGGGAUACCGACAAUUUUCACUCUGUCACCGUCAUAGGAAUUCCCAAUUACCAGAGUCCACCAACAAGGUCCGGAAAUGAAAGGACGCCUAUCUUGACAGAAGACAAUCUAGAAAUUGACGAAGAUGAUGCUUCUGCAAAGGAAACCGCAGUAAUAUUUGAGGACAAUGGAGGUUUUUAUUACAACAACGCUGAAGAAAUUAGCAAAAUCAAAUUGCAUGUGACCGAUCUACCGGAAUAUGUACACAAUCUAUGUUUUAAGGACCUAGAAGAAGAAUUUCAGAAUAUUCCAUACGGUCUUGUAAAAGCCUAUGGCGUUUCACAAACGAAACUAAACAUGCACAAAAAUAGGUACAGAGGAAUCUACCCGUAUGAUGAUACGCGAGUUUUAGUUCGCGGUGGAGAAACAGACUAUAUUAAUGCAAGCUUUAUAGACGGAUUCAGAAGGCGAAAUGCAUAUAUUGCUACAUUGGGUCCUAUGGUUAAGCAGCUCGGCGAUUUCGGCCAAUUUUGGCAAAUGGUUUGGCAACAGAAAGUGGAGAAGAUUGUUAUGCUGACCAAUUUGGUAGAGGGAACGAAAACCAAAUGCGAGCAAUAUUGGCCAGAUUUUUAUCAAAGAAAAAUGUUCGGCGAUAUAAAGGUUGUGUGCAACGAUGAAAAACUGUACGCAGAUUUCAUUUGGAGACACUUUACGCUUUAUAAGAAAUCUAAAAAAAGAAGUCUACAUCAUCUACAGUAUACGAGCUGGCCAGACAAGGACAUCACAUCCUUUAUAGAGUUUAGACAAAGGGUGAAUGCCUUAUCGAAUACCUUCGAUGGACCAGUAGUUGUGCACUGCAGUGCUGGCGUAGGAAGGACUGGAACCUACAUAGCUCUUGACAUUCUUACAACAGAGGGUCAGACAGAAGGAGCUAUAGAUAUCCCGGGAUGCGUUGGCAACAUGAGACAGAACAGACCCAACAUGAUUCAGACCUUGAGUCAAUACAAGUUUAUUCACCAAGCUUUGGUCCAUACAUUGACUACGGAUUGUGUGUAUAUAAGAAGAGAACACUUCAGUCAAUAUAUGGACAAAUCCAGAAAACAAGAGAUACAGGAGCAGUUUGAGAAAAUGCAAUCGGAUCAUGAGCAAAAGUCGGAUAAGGAAUUGUUAGCUACGGAAAAGAAUCGGCUUCUGGCAAAAAAGUACAGGAAACACACGGAUAUACCAGGUGACUCCAGCAGACCGCAUCUGAAUCUGUUGAUGAAAACAGACGAAUCCGAGAUAUGCGACAUCGACAGUUUUAAAACAAAAAAACGCUUCUUGGUUGCAAAAACACCUCUUCCUGACACAGUUUACGAUUUCAUUGCACUUGCUGUUCAAGAAAACUGUUCCUGUAUCGUUAGUAUGGAGGCAUCAAUGGAAAAAAAUAAGACCAAGACAGAUGUGACAAUUCCACACUUUCAAUAUUUAAACUGGGAUACAAAGCACAAUGUGCCUAAGUCGCCAAAAAGCUUCGUUGCCUUCAUCAAAGAGGUUGAAGCCGUAUCCAAAUCCUCUAACCUGAGUGGACCGAUACUGUUGCAUUGUCUAAACGGUGCAGGAAAGAGCGGCCUUUUUUGUGUUGUCUUGAUAUUACUUGAACAAUUGGAUGAAUAUGAUGAAGUCAGUGUGGUCAAUGCGGUGAAGAAAAUCAGAGCUAGAAGACCGCUCGCUAUUCCAAAUAAGGAACAGUUUUACUUCUGCUACGAGUGUGUUCUCCAUUCCGUAAACGAAACCGAUAAAGCUGUGUAUUACAACCUAAGAGGUGAUAUCCAGAGAAAAUGAACACGGCUGACCAAUUCGGCACAGU